GAUCUAUCAUCCAAUACAUUGACACAUAAUAAUGUCCCCGCUCCAAAUUUAAUAUUUCACGUGACCUCAUCUAUGAGUCUAUUUUAUUAUUAAGAAUAAAGUCGGGAUAGGGAUUAUCAUGCCUUUAUUGGAAAAAAGAAGGAAACCUCUUUACCAAUAACCACGGCCAAGCAAAGACCGAUUACCAAAAUCUAUGAAAUCGAGCUCUCAUAAAAUCUAUCUUCCAGGAAACGUAAGGAAAGAGAUGUCUAAUGGCAGGCCAGAGAAGGAUGUUAGCAACGAGCAAGGAGUCCAGAGAUCGCUUGGCGAGCUCCAAUUUGACAACAAGCAAGGAGUCCUUCCUGUCCAUGGAACGUUUGGCGACCUCCAAUUUAACAAGCAAGGAGUCCAUCCUGUCCGGAUACCGUUUGGAGAUCUCCCAUUUGACAACAAGCAAGGAAUCCAUCAUGUCCAGAAAACGUUUGAAGACUUCCAAUCUGAAGACGUUUCCGGCGCAGGAGAAAACACUCGCGAUACAGCUCAAAAGGUAUCUGUUUUAGGAACCGCUUGCUCGGCUGUACUGCUUAUUGUGCUGUGUUUUUUCAUCAGCGUCUCGAUUGUGCUGCUGGUGAACUGCGUGAACAAGUCCAUCUGUCCGGUGCACGGUCACCGUAGUCUCCGGAAAACCGUCAUUGCCUCCGCGAUUGUUCUCGCAAUCUGUUUAAUCGCAGCUCUGUACGUCAUCUUUAAAUUGAUCCAAUCUGUAAGAAUUUGCUUUAAGAAAUAGGAAUUAAGCUCAAUGGCUUCCUGUUCGCUCUUUUUUUACCUGUUAUUGUAAUUCGAUUUAUGAAUUACGAUCCUUCCUGUUGGCUCUAGAACUCUGAGGAAGCGUUUUGCUAUGGAAUCGAUUAAUUUGUUAUUAGUUUAAUUACUACUAAUUGUUAUUAGUUUAAUUACUACUAAUUGUUAUUAGUUUAAUUACUACUAA